AUAUAUAUCCAUGGAAUCCUUACAAUGUCCUUGUUGUUCCACAUUAAUCCCGUGAGUGGAUAUUGCAAAAACACUACCCUCAAACUGUUUGAUGACCAAAUACAGGCUAUACAGAAGUUUGUGAGAACCAUUGCAGAGGAUGAAUUCUGCAAGCAAGAGAAUUCUCCCGUUGGUUUUCAUGCAUAUAUGGGAUCAACAAAAACAUACGAAAAGGGUGUUGUGUGGGUGUAUGAUAAAGUGGUCACAAAUACCCACAAAGCCUACAGCGCCACCACAGGAAAGUUCACCACACCGGAACAGGGACUGUACAUGUUCUCUUAUUCCACGGUUAGCGACCCGGGAAAGUGGUCACACGCGGGUCUUUAUGUCAACGGCAAGAUCAGAAGUUGGCAAAAUUCUAGCAACGGUGGCGGGAAAAAUCAGUGGCUGACGAGUAGCAACACUGCAAUUCUUCUGCUUCAGGAAGAUGAUGUCGUUUAUGUUGCAAGUUUUCAUUUAGACGCCACCAUUAGAGGAUUUCUUUCAGAUUUUGGUGGGGCUAAACUGCACUAG